UUUUUGUUUGUUUGUAUCCUGGCCACAAUCCAAUUGGAUUAUCCUGCGCGCGAAUUUUCAAACUUUAAGCUUCCGGAUCCGGAAAGUGUUUAAAAAUGGCCGCGGCUCUCCUGCAGGAUCGCGCCGUGUACGAGCAGCUGUGCAAAGAUUAUCUCAAUCUAAAAACGCUUGCCUGCGGCUGUUGCCACUCGCCGGAAGCGGUCCAACGCUGCAAGGACGCACUGCGGGAGGAGAUCAAUUCGGCCCGGAAGCUGGGUCGGCUGAACCAGCUGGAGCAAGUGCUGGCCCUGUUGGAGGCUAGAAACGCAUUGAGCAUGAUCAAGGUUGGGCUGUUGGACCGGUUGCAGCCGGUGGUCAAGGAUGAGGAGUUUGGAAGGAGGUUGUCUGGUUUUAAGAUUUUGCUGGAUCGAAGCUUCACUUCCGUUAGGAGGUACUAUUUGGAAGAUCUUCGACACCGCGAUCGUCGAACGCUGCUAGAAAAAGAGCUGGAGCAGGUCAAGCUUGCAGAUCCUGAGGACAUUCCACAACCGGAAACGCCAAUCAAUCUGGAAAAGAGCAAGCAAACUCCCCAAGUUGAUUCCACAGCGUACCAAGUCUGUCGGCUGGGCAUUUUUGACCUUCUGGCGAGGGAAAUAAGUCGCGACUGGAACGCGCUAGGCCGGAAUUUACAGCUGAGUGCGGGCAGUUUGUACGCGAUCGAGGAGCGACACCCGCGGGACGUUCGAGCACGCGUCCAGGAUGUGCUGGAGCAAGCCGAAGCGGAACAUGGAAUGGGGGCGGGAUUUGUGCGGUUACUGGGUGAGGCGUUGGUCAGCACGAGGAGAAAGGAUUUGAAGCGGAAGUUGGACAAAAUGUUGAGUUGAUGGGGGGUAUUUGGGAAUAUUCCGGGUUAUUUUAAAAGAGAUUUCGCAAAUCGAUUCAUUGUUUUUUUUUUUAAUUAAUGAAACUUGCAUUAUUAAUUUGUCCAUAUAAUUUUCCAUGCAAAUUUGCAGGCCAAGGAUUGAUACCUAAGAGCAUGCAAUGGCACUGACCUUGUUGCGUGCUCUUCGGUUGACGUCCACGUAAGGAACAUCCUGGAAGGAGCGUAACUAACUACAUCCGUAGUUCUGUUAGAUCAUCCGAAUUAUCUUGAUCAGAACAGUAUAGCUCUGGUUCCUUGCGAGUGUCCUAUUUUCUUACCUCCACGUUGGCUUGGUUUUCAUGAUGACCUAGCUGGUGGCCUGUGGAAACGGAUCGUAAACCUUUGACCACCGCGGGUCAGAGUCGAGACGGCUAAAAGAAAGGGGCGCGACAAUGUGGGAAAGGGAAGUAAUUUGUGAUUGUAGACGGUAUUGUUUUGAUUCGCAGUAUGUUGAGUCAACUGCUGUGGAUGUACCUGAAACAUCGCACAACGGGGUUUCUCUUCUCUUCAUUCUCAGCUACCACCUAUCUCCUAUUUUUAUUUUGCUCUAUUGAUUCUCACUUCUUCACUGAUUCUUCUAUUUAAUAUCCAUCAUUUGAUUUUGAUUUUACUAACCAUUGAUUCUCUUAUCUCUCAAAACUUUUCCACUCUUUUUUACCAAUUGAUACUGCUGUAACAAACUUUGUU